AUGGAUGCAGAAGGGCCACUGGUAACAGCAGCAGAAGAAGCACCAGAAGAAGCGGCACUAGAAGCAGCAGCAGAAGAAGCAGCACUGGAAGCGGCACUAGAAGCAGCCGAAGAAGCAGCUGAGGAGGCAGCAGAUGAAGCGGCAGAUGAAGCACCGGAAGAGGCAGCACUAGAAGCAGCAGACGAAGCGGCACUAGAAGCGGCGGAUGAAGCAGCAGAUGAAGCGGCACUAGAAGCGGCGGAUGAAGCAGCAGAUGAAGCAGCGCUGGAAGCAGCAGACGAGGCAGCAGAAGAAGAGGCCGCUGAGGAAGCAGCCGAUGAACUUGCCGUGCACACUAAACCUGAACUUGAUGCUGAAUUACAUGAAACAGUCGGACUGGUGAUAGUAGAUAUCCUGCCAGCUAGAAUACCUAUCGUCGUAUUGUACAAGUUAAUAAGGGUAUUAAUGACGCUCGCUAGAGUCUCAAGAAGAGUAAGCAGACCAUUUGUGAAUGUACAACUGAAACCAAGCUCCGAGAUAAGUUCUUCAAUAGCAUCGUAUAAAGUAACAAUGGCAUCAAGAUCAGAAGCAGAAAGACCCUCAGUAACAAGGUUGGCAAGAUCACUUGAAAGACCACUAAUCAGACUGGAAAGAGCUUGUUCGAGAGAAACCUCGUCACAGGGAGAAAGAUCACCAAGAGAACCAAGAGUAUCAACGGCUUGA